AUGGUUCAAGCUGAAUCUUCCUCAAGCGCUGCACGCAAUGGUGCUAAAGCCUCCACUGCAGGUGCUCCUGCAGACUACGAACUCCCUUGGGUCGAGAAGUACCGCCCCGUCUUCCUGGAUGAUAUUGUUGGCAAUACCGAGACCAUUGAACGUUUAAAAAUCAUCGCCAAGGAUGGAAAUAUGCCUCACGUUAUCAUUUCCGGCAUGCCAGGAAUUGGAAAGACAACCUCGGUGUUAUGUCUAGCUCGACAAUUGCUUGGAGACUCGUAUAAGGAGGCCGUGUUGGAGCUUAAUGCAAGUGACGAGCGAGGUAUCGACGUAGUGCGCAACCGGAUCAAGGGUUUUGCCCAGAAAAAGGUCACUUUGCCCCCAGGUCGUCACAAGCUGGUCAUCCUUGAUGAAGCAGAUAGCAUGACUCCGGGUGCUCAGCAAGCACUGCGACGUACAAUGGAGAUCUACUCGACUACCACUCGAUUCGCCUUUGCCUGCAACCAAUCGAACAAGAUUAUCGAGCCACUGCAAUCUCGCUGUGCUAUCCUCCGUUACGCGCGGUUGACCGAUGCCCAAGUUGUCAAGCGACUGAUGCAGAUCUGCGAGGCCGAAAAGGUCGAGCAUUCCGAAGAUGGUAUUGCGGCCUUGGUGUUCAGCGCCGAGGGUGAUAUGCGUCAAGCGAUCAAUAACGUCCAGAGCACAUGGUCUGGAUUUGGCUUCGUGAGCGGAGACAACGUGUUCCGUGUUGUCGAUAGCCCACACCCCGUCAAGGUCCAGGCCAUGAUCAAGGCCUGCUGGGAGGGCAAGGUAGAUGCUGCCCUAGAAGGGCUUAAUGAACUAUGGACACUGGGAUAUUCCUCCCACGACAUUAUUAGCACUAUGUUCCGAGUCACCAAGACCAUUCCUACUCUCUCAGAGCAUUCGAAGCUGGAGUUUAUUCGAGAGAUUGGUUUCACACACAUGCGCAUUCUUGACGGAGUGCAAUCCUUGUUGCAGCUGAGCGGAUGCAUCUCGAAACUCUGCAAGAUCAACAUGAAACCCGAGCUCUUCGAACCCCCCAAGGCUUGA